UCUGGAAGGAGAAGAAUCUCCCAGUAGAUUCCGAGGGAGUAGAAUUACACUGGAUGCCACCAGGAAGAGAACAGUCCAUUUCCCAGUAUCAAGAUCUGGGAUUAACUACUGAGAACCAGCAAGAAGCUUCCGGUAAUGAAGGAGGCGAAUCUGUUCAUUUUCCACCAGGUUUUGAGCAGCUCCGUGCGGUGCCAGUCCCGCAAAGAAUCCUCAAGGGUGAGACGUGCACACAGUGUGGGAAAUCCUUCCGAUGCAAGGCUGAGCUUGUUGAACAUCAGAGAAUGCAUUCGGGAGAGAAACCGUACACGUGCUCGGACUGUGGGAAGAGCUUCUGCAGGAGGAACGUUCUGGUGGCGCAUCAGAGGAUCCACACCGGAGAGAAACCGUUUAAUUGCCCAGAUUGUGGUAAAUGCUUCAACCAGCGGUCGCAUCUUACUGCUCACGAGAGAACCCACACACAAGAGAAGCCCUUUGCUUGCCCAGAUUGCGGGCAAAGCUUUAGCAGGAGAACAGGGCUUGUGGCUCAUCAGAGGAUACACACAGGGGAGAAGCCCUAUCACUGCCCAGACUGUGGGAAAAGCUUCCGGCAGAGGUUCGACCUUAUUCGACACCAGAGAAUCCACACGGGGGAGAAGCCGCACGAGUGCCCAGACUGCAGAAAAAGCUUCAGGAACAAGUCGGCGUUCCUCGUGCACAGGAGGAUCCACACAGAGGAGAAGCCGUACCCGUGCUCGGGCUGCGGGAAGAGCUUCCGCCAUCGCACGAACCUUCUGGCACAUGAAAGAAUACACACGGGGGAGAAGCCGUACAAGUGUGGCGAAUGCGGGAAGAGCUUUGGCGACGGGUCAUCCCUGAUGAAACACAAGCGAGCCCACACAGGGGAGAAGCCAUACAAAUGCUCGGAGUGUGGGAAAGGUUUUUCUCAAAACGCCGGCUUGGUCCAGCACGAGAAGAUCCAUACGGGCGAGAAGCCCUACCGAUGCCCCGACUGCCCCAAAAGCUUCCGGGACAAAUCAGCUUUUGUCGUCCACCAAAGAACCCACACGAGGGAGAAGCCGUACCGUUGCGCGGGCUGCGACAAAAGCUUCGGCCAUCGCUCGAACCUCCUGAAGCACGAAAGGAUCCACACCGGGGAGAAACCAUACAAAUGCUUGGAAUGCGGGAAGAGCUUCACGCAGAAGCCAAAUCUUCUCGUUCACGAGAGAACCCACUUGAAAGGGAAAGCAUAGAUUUGCUCCAAGGGUAGGUUGUGAUAUC